AUGACCAAAUUCAAGGAAAUGGUGACGUUCAAGGACGUGGCUGUGGUCUUCAGUGAGGAGGAGCUGGGGCUGCUGGACUCUGCUCAGAGGAAGCUGUACCGAGAUGUGAUGCUGGAGAACUUCAGGAACCUGCUCUCAGUGGCACAUCAGCCCUUCAAACCAGACCUGAUAGCCCAGUUGGAGAGAGAAGAAAAGCUUUUAAUAGUGGAGGCAAAAAUCCAAAGAGAUGGAUAUUCAGGAAGCAGCAGUCAACUCAAGACAGAGAAUGUUCAAGAAGUGGGAUUAAGCUACUUUUCCCCCAAAGAGCUUUCUUCCUGUCAGACUUGGCAACAAGGUGCAGGCAGGUUAACCAGGGAUCAGGAUUCUAUGAAAAACUUUCAGUGUGACAAGAAUUUCCAGUUGCAAAAACAAGGUGAUUUUCUCUACCAGAUUUGGACAGAAAUGCCAAUUCAGAUUUCUGAAGAUGGGAACUACAUAUUGACUCGUCAUGUAGGGGAUGAUUCAAAUUAUGUAAAAAAUCAAGAAUUUCCAUCUUUGAGAGACCAGCAGUAUUGGAGGAAAAUGUAUCUGACAGAGUCACAUAAUUAUCAAUGCAAAUGUCAACAAAUUUCCACAAAAAAUAAUUCCUGUAGGUGUGACAGUGUCAGAUGGAUCUCACAUCAUAAUGAUAAUCUGAAAGUACACAGAAGUGGAAAAGGUGGCAGUUGUCAUGACUGUGGAGAAGAUACCAUGAAGGCAUCAUUAGUUCAUCAGGACUCAGUUCAAACAGGGCAGAAGCUCUGCCCAUGUACUGAGUAUAGAAAAGCCUUCAGCAGUGACUGCAAUUCUCAAGUUAAUCAGCAGUUCCACUUAGAAGGGAAGCCCUGCACAUAUAGUCCAUGUGGAAAAGGCUGUAGCUAUAGGUCAAUUCUUCAUCUACAUCCAAGUGUUCAGAGGGGAGAUAAAGAUGUUGGUGAGAGUUCACAUCUGCAAUCUCAUCAGAGAGAGUGUACAGAGAAACUAUGCAAAUGUUCUGGAUAUAGAAAGAAUUUUAAUAAUUUCUCUUCUGUAAACACCUUUGAACUUAACCACACAGGAGAAACAUCCGGGAGGUGCAACCUUUAUAAGAAAUCCUUCAAUUAUAGCUUAGACCUUAAAAGCAUUUUUAGGGUCCAUACUAGGGAGGAACCCCAUGAUUGUGAGAAGAAUGGGAAUAUUUUAAACCAGAGUUCAUGUCUUCAAGCUCAUCAGAAAAUGCAACCUGCAGAGAAACUAUACACAGGUGUGAAAUAUGGGAAAGAUUCCAUUUGUAGUUCAGAUCUUAGCGUUGAACAUAGAGUUCACAUGGAAGAGCAUCCCUAUAAUUCUAAGGAAUGCAAUAAUGACUUCAGUCUGGCUUCACAUUAUCAGGACUUUCAGGUGGUCUAUCCUAGGCAACAGCCAUAUAAACACUAUGUAUGCAGUAGCAACUUCAGUCACAACUCACAUGUUCAAGGCCAUCAGAAAAUUCACAUUGGAGAAAAACCUUAUAAGGAGUGUGGAAAUGGCUUCAACUGGAGUUCAAAACUCAAAGAUCAUCAGAGAGUCCACACUGGACAAAAGCCGUACAAAUGCAAUGUGUGUGGCAAAGCCUUCAGUCAUAGAUCCGUUCUCAAUGUUCAUCAGAGAGUCCACACAGGAGAGAAACCUUAUAAAUGUGAGGAGUGUGAUAAGGGCUUUAGUCGGAGUUCAUACCUUCAAGCCCAUCAGAGAGUCCACUCUGGAGAAAAACCAUACAAAUGUGAGGAGUGCGGGAAGGGCUUCAGUCGGAACUCCUACCUUCAAGGCCAUCAGAGAGUUCACACUGGAGAGAAGCCAUAUAAGUGUGAGGAGUGUGGGAAGGGCUUCAGUCGGAGUUCACACCUUCAAGGCCACCAGAGAGUUCACACUGGAGAAAAACCAUUCAAAUGUGAGGAGUGUGGGAAGGGGUUCAGUUGGAGUUUUAAUCUUCAAAUUCAUCAGCGGGUUCACACAGGAGAAAAACCCUACAAGUGUGGAGAAUGUGGUAAAGGCUUCAGUAAGGCCUCAACUCUUCUGGCCCACCAGAGAGUCCACACAGGAGAGAAACCAUACCAGUGUGAUGAGUGUGGGAAGAGCUUCAGUCAGAGAGCAUACCUUCAAAGUCAUCAGAGUGUCCACUCUGGGGAGAGACCAUAUAUAUGUGAGUUAUGUGGGAAGGGCUUCAGUCAGAGAGCAUAUCUACAAGGUCAUCAGAGAGUCCACACAAGAGUGAAACCAUAUAAAUGUGAGAUGUGUGGAAAGGGCUUUAGUCAGAGUUCACGCCUUGAAGCACAUCGGAGGGUCCAUACAGGAGGGAAACCAUACAAAUGCGAGAUGUGCACGAAGGGCUUUAGUGAGAGCUCACGCCUUCAAGCACAUCAGAGGAUCCAUACGGAAGGGAGACCCUACAAAUGUGAACAGUGUGGUAAAGGUUUCAGUGGGUUUUCAAGUCUUCAAGCCCAUCACAGAGUCCACACUGGGGAGAAGCCAUACAAAUGUGAGGUGUGUGGAAAGGGCUUCAGCCAGAGAUCAAACCUCCAGGCUCAUCAGAGAGUACACACAGGAGAAAAGCCGUACAAAUGUGAUGCAUGUGGUAAGGGUUUUCGUUGGAGCUCAGGUCUUUUAAUUCAUCAGAGAGUCCAUAGUGGUGACAAAUUCUAUAGAAGUGAAGAAUUUGAUAAGGAUUAUCCUGCUGCAGAAAAUCUACACAGAAAUGAAGGUUUGUAAAAUUUCUGGUUUGUAUUGAAGUCCUCAAAGGGGAGAUGAAAUUUCCUAGUCAUUAGAGUUCUUUUAGUGGGCAGAAAAGCUUUUUACAGUGAAAAUGUAAUUUCCCCCCAAUAUCAACAUCUAUGAUGGUUAGGAGAUCAGACAGCAAAGACCUCCAACAAGAGGGGCUACUAACAGAUUUUGUCAAAAAUUUUAAAAAUCAUUGAACCAGAAGCGAGGGCUUACAAAAUAUAAGAGUGUGGUCAGGAAUUUAACAGAAGUAUAAUGGUCAUCAUGCCUGACUCCAUGCCCAGUAAGAUGUAAACCCCAUGAAAGAAGGGAAUUUGCUCAUUGCUGAGUCUACAAAAUCAUGACAUUUCACAACUUGGAGUAGGUGCUCAGGAUUUUAUGCUAAGUGAGUAAAAGUAUAUAAAUAUACAUAAUAUUUGAAAAUUUUAUGAAGCUCAUUUCAAAAACUUUCGUUUAAAAAUGGAAUUGGAAGAAGAAUUCUAUAACUAAUCUUAGUAUCACUUCAAGUAAAUAUUUGAAAUAUAGAAUAUCAGACAAUAUUGCAAUUUGAAUUAAUUUGAAUUUGGUUGUAACCCUUUUAGGACUGGUUCCCAUAUUUCAUCCUCUUAAAUGGGGGUAUGCAGAAUUUCUUAAUAGUUGUUCUCUUUCUAUACAGCAUACUCAAUUUCCGUUUAGCACCCUCUCCCUGUCUCCCCUCCUCCUACUCCUUCUUCUGCCCCCUUUCCCUGUGU